AUGAGCCAUUCGAAAAACUGCUGCUGGGCUAUUGUCAAAUCCAUUUACCCUGUCGAGGAUGGACUCCCCUUCCGCUGGGAUGACGAGGAAAACUUGCCCAGGGGCGAGAGGAUGACCAAGGCUAGGCUUCAAACGUUUGGGAAAUGGUGGCCUCAUGAACGCACAAAGGGGUGGUUUGGCACUACCAAGAGGAUGGCGAACGCAGGAUUCAUCUAUGCACCCACCGACGAUUCGGACGACAAUGUACAGUGUCCAUACUGCGAGACUGCUCUUGACGGAUGGGAAAUCGAGGACGACCCAGUGGACGAGCAUAAGAGACGACGACCCAACUGCCCAUUCUUUGCGACCAGAGCCGCAGCACCAACUAAAGCUUCAGCAGCCAAAGCCGCAAAACAAAAACGGAAAACCCAGGAUGUUGAUGGUGAAGAGUCAGACAGUAACCUGCCGACGCAUAGAGCGGGAACAGCAAAACCAGAGACUAAAAAGUCCGUGAAGAACAGUCGAUCUCAAAAAUCAACAGCAUCCGAGUCAGCAUCCAGUCGCUCAUCAGAAGCCACCGGCGCGCUUUCUGCAGGACGCAACGUUGAUUUCGAUAUACAGGACAGUAGCGAGGCGACAUCAAAAGCAGGGUUAAAACGACAGCCGGCGGCUUCAGCAAGGGCAUCUUCUCGUACGGGCACUGCCAGGAUCAAGGCUGAGGAGGAAGACGAGUCCAUCAGCUCUAUCCUUUCAAAAAAGAGUACUAGAAGUACGUCGAGUGCCAAGAGUGCAUCAAAGAGUACAUCGAGCACCAAAAGCACCGGGAGCUCUAAGAGCAUAGGAAGCUCCAAGAGCAAGACGAUCUCGGCCAGUUCAACUUCUGCCAUAACGAUAUCAUCCUACGAAUCAUCAGGAUCAUCGCAGGCGCAGCGGAAGAGAAACCAGCCCGCCGACGAGGAUUCAGUGGACCCGUUUUCGGUCGAUACCCGGUUUUCGAAUCUCACGAAAUCCCGCAAAAAACAGGAGAUCCCAGCAGUCCUCAAGAAGCGGCGGAAACUUGUAGUAGCGGACGAGGAAGAAGCCGAUGAAGAGGAGUGGGGCGAGAUGAUGAGUGAUUUGGAGAGCGAGGCACACGCGCGCCCAUCCGGCAGCGGGGGCGAUAUCGAAGACGUGCAGGGACAGAGGAGAGGAAACACACGGCAGCGACGCGAUUCACCCAAGGUCGAUUUUCCAGAAGGUUCUGAGAAAGGCUCGUCGAGUAGGAGCGUUUCACCACAACCAACAAGGACGAAGCGUGAUCGACUCAAGAAGAUCAAGCUGGAGGACGAGGACUACAGUAUAUCUCGGCCGUCGACCAAACCGAAAAAGAAAUCGGCGCCCACAAAGGCUACGAAACGGACUGCCAAGUCGACUUCAUUGUCGUCAUCCAAAAGGCGGGCUACCAAGCCGCUGAUCGAGAUUUUCGAGCAACCAGAUGUCGAUGUCGUUAUGGGGCAAGAGCAGGAGCAGGAAAAGGAGGAGAAGGAGAAGGAGCAGGAGGAGAGGGAGAAGGAGGAGAAGGAGCGGGUGGUUGCCUCAGCGGAUAUGCCUGAAUUCGAGGAGAAUGGCAAGAAUGGAACCGAAGCCGAUAAGCAGGACACCUUGGCAGAAGCACCAACACUACCCAUUUCCGCAGAGAGCCUAGCUCUGCCAGAAACUGAGGAUAUUCAGGAUGUUCUUAAGGAUGUCCGUCAGAAUGAUGUUCCUCAGGAUAUCCUUGAGGAUGCCCCUCACGAUAAUCCACAAGAUGUCCCCAAUGAUGACCCUCAGGAUGACCUUCAGGAUGACCCUCAGGAUGUUUUUGAGGAUGCCCUCGAGGAAGUCCCUCAUGAUGCCCUUCAUGAAGUCCCUCCUUCGACUCCACCGCCCAUCACCCCAUCAACGGCCACGACACCUAUUCGAGGACAGAAAUCUGACUCGAUCCUCCGCCAGAGUCGCAACACUACGGACAUGCCAUCAACCCCUGCCCGGAGGCAAGCUGUUACCUUUGAGGACAUUGAGGAUGCAAACGUUGUUGUUGUCGACCCUUCAACCCCAGUCAGGCGAGCAGCUUCUCGGGUGGAUAUUGAAGGCUGGGAGGAUGAGGAUCGACGUGACAGCACUGCAUCCGAGCUCACAAGCCCCUUUGUCUCGCCUUCACAGUGGCAUCUUGACGCGAGUCUCAUGACGUCGACGCCCAACGGCAAACGCACACCUGCGCAGCCUUUCCGCGGGAUCACGCCUCGUCAAAAGCGGAUCAAGGAUGUCAUUGGUAUUGCACACGUCAAGUCGCCUCUGCGAUCUAGUUACAGCGACAGACUGGGUAGAUCUAUGCAGCUCGCGUCACCAAGUCCUAAGAAGGCGGCAAGCUCACAGCAGGUUCCUCCAGAGUUGAAGCAGAGCAUGUUGAUUGAUCGCCUUGAGAACCUGAUGCAUGAGAAUGCCAACUCGGAAGUGAUGGUCGUCGCGGAGCAUGCGUUGAGGGAAGAGGUCAAAGAGCUUCGUCGGUCACAGAACAAGGAACGGAGACAAGCAGCAACAUUGGCAGAAGCAGCAGCAAUAGCAGCAGAGGCAAAAGCUCCAACGGCAGAGACGGCAGCAGGGACAGUGGCACCGAUAUUGAAGCAUAAGGAGAUCACCGGGAAGUCGGAAGCUGAUACAUUCUUUGAGGACCCAGAGGUGUCUGAGGUUGAGGACGACCCCGACAUGAGUUUCAUGUGGACACCGACCAAGAAGGCGGCGAGAGUUCUCUUUGGCUCGACUACCCCCACGACCCCGAACAAGACGCCUUCUGCAUUGCCUGUAUCACGCGUUCUCUCGGCCAUUGGAGCGGCAUCUCGUCGAAACAACACAACUGCAGCCAAGUCACCCUUUGUCAAGACGCCAGUGAAAAAGUCGACGACAGACUUCCUUCGCCUUGAGGAUCUGGAUGUUGACGAGGACCUGGAUGUUGACCCGGACUUUACAGCAAGCAGAUCAAUACAUGCGCCACCACCACCAAAGCAGCCACCUCAACCUCAACCUCAACAACAGUCAGCGGCAACAGCAAAGGCAACGGCGUUCAAGUCUAGUGUAAGUCAGGCCAAGCCAGUUCCUAGUGUAGCAACCACGGCUGCACAAGGCCUUGUCGCGUCUACGGCGAAUGCAGCUCCUGGUAUUGGUCUGGACCCUACUACUGCUUCUUCUUCGCGCAAGGAAGUCUCCCGCCAUCACCAACAACAGCAACAGCGAGGAGGAGGCGAUGCCAAGGGAAGGAGGCUGCAUCCGGACCCAGAGGAGCACAGGCGGCGGACACGAUUGUUGGAGGAGACCAACUUCUCCGAGGCGCAGCUCAAGAUGACUGUUGAGGAGUUCCAUCGGGCUUGCAUGGCUGAACAAGUGCUGGCGCUUGAGGUCGCUGCUGAGGCGUGGAUCCAGCGGUUUGAAGAGGAGAGUAACCGUGUCAGGAGAGCUCUCUUGGACGAUGGGAUGUCUGGAUGA